AUGUCGGCGCCUCAAGCGCAAAGGCAGGUGCCCGUCCCGGUCCAGUCUAUACAGCCUUGCAACCACGCCACGUUUCCAAGGGCCAUCCGCCGAGGAGCCGAGGAAGUGGUGCCCGACGACAGACCGGAGUGGCCUCUACAAGUCCAUUCAUACGGCGCACGAGACCUGCUGAACAAGACCGUUGCCGGUUUCCUCCACGACAAGCUCACCGCUCGCCAAAAAGCGGCUCAAGAUGGAUUCCACAAACGCUUCAAGGACGGUUCAUCUAUGGCGGCUAUUCUCGACACGAUGCCCGCUCUGGCAGGCAAAUCACCGCCAUUGGACACACUCUUGCGCGACCUUAUGCGUUUCUUGGACGACCGCUUCUUCUUCGGCAGGGGCUACCAACUGUGCAGCUACUCACAGGAUAUUCGCAUCUGGGCGUCGGAGAGGAGGGCAAGUUGGGUGACGCACGUCAGAAAGGGGAGAACCUUGUCGUAA